CCAGCAUGGAAAUAAAAGACCCAGAGUCUGAGCACAGAAGCAGCAGGGAAAGAGGGAGCAAGUGAAGAAACUAAUUCGCCGUGAACAAUCCAACCCAAAUCAGAAACUCAAGGAGAGAAGAUGAGCGGACAAAUGAGUUUCUACUGCGGACUCUUGCUUGUACUUCUGGUCCAUGCCCAAGCUAGACCAAGAUCAGAUGACAGCCUGCAGAUCUUAUCCAGGCUUUUGGAAGAUGAAUAUGGGCACCACUUCCCCUCGGACGAGCUGAACAAUGAGGCACAAGAAAUGUCGCCAGUCGAUUCCAUUCCCGAACUCAACGCUGACCAGUCCGAUUUGGAGCUUCCCUGGGAGCGCGAAUCCCGAGAGAUUGGUGGCCGACCUUUCCGUCAGGAAGCAGUCCUGGCCCGUCUCCUGAAAGACCUUAGCAACAAUCCUCUGCGGUUUAAAGGCAGGAGCAAAAAGGGGCCAUCACGGGGCUGCUUCGGCGUGAAACUGGACCGAAUCGGUGCCAUGAGCGGCCUGGGCUGUUAGCGGCUUGUUUAAAGGUCUGACUCCGGGAGCAACACUGCCGGCACUGCCUUUUCAUCAACCUUCCCACAUUUAAUUCACUCCUCUGAUUUUUGCUCCACAAACUCUGACUGAUGACAAGUAGUGUCCCACCUGUAGACUGUUUACAAGCUCAACUCUUGGAUUAAAUCUUUAAUGUACAUACAGUGCCAGCUGCUAUUUAAACAAUAUUUAAUUCUAUUUAUAUUAAUUAUGAAACUAUUUAUUUGUAUUGUAUUUGUUUUUUGUUGCUGUGACACUGACAGUCAGUCACUUGCUGUGAGCUCUGGUGCAGAUUAAACAAAGCCAUCAGUGGAGUUGGUAUUUUACCUUCAGUACAUGUAGACACUGUGUAUGGAACCCACUGCAGAAUAAAAUUUAAAGUAAA